AUGUACAGUGGUCCACCACCGCAGUCACCGUUUCAAAUGGAAGAACUACGUGCACGGGGGAACGCCUUGUUUUCAAGUGACCCACGUGUUGCGGCAGUCUUGUAUCAGGAGGCACUUGACGUGUACGAGACACUGGACGAUAAAUCGGGCGCAGUGGAGGAGUACACAAAGUGUGCCGGCAACGCAUUGACGUGUCUCUUUAAGCUACAAGAGUACGACGCAUGUGCGACGCUGGCUGAGAAGGUGCUAAAACUUAAUCCGUUAAUCGCUAAGGCAUAUGCCUUUAUUGGGAGAUGCCUGCUGCUGCGACCUGCCCUGACCUUGUCGCACCGUGCGGGGCCACUGCCGUACCUGUGCCGUGCCCUGCACGUGCUGCCGUCCAUGUGUGAAGCUCUGUGCCCAUUUCUCCACGAGGCGCUCGACCGACUGCUACAAGAGCGUGACAUGCCGCGCAACAGGGAGCCUUGUGUUGAGGUGCGACAGGGAGAGUGUGGAAAGUGUGUCGUGGCUGCUUCUGAGUUGCCUCCUCUAUUGGCGGUGAGCUCCACGCUGCAUCCGUUUUCAGUGUGUUCGUAUGAGGAAACGGCGGGUAAAGGCCUGUGUGCACACUGUGGCGUGGUCCUCCUGUCUGAUGAUGUCGAGGAGCUCACCGCGCCGCUGCACGUCUGCAGCCAGUGUCAACUCGUAUCGUACUGCUCUGACGCCUGUGCCACUAGCCAUGGCCACCAGCACGAGGCAUACGAAUGUCGACUGUUUACUCGGCUGCGGGAGAUGCUGCGGGUGAUGCGGACUUGUGAUGCGGAGGAGCCGGCCGACUUUUUCGCUGUCGCCACGCACUGCAUCACCACCGUGAGUGGGCUGAAGGUGUGCAAGGAGGGGCAUGCGGCGGUGCUUCAGCUGGAGGACCACGCGGUUGAGGCGUCGCAGAGGCUGACGCUGCUUGUGCGUCUCGUCCAGGAUUUGUUUAGUGAAGAGGACCCCACGUUUGUCACCCGCAUUAUUGGUGCCGUGCGCUGCAAUGCGCUUGAGGUCUGCGAUGCCUCCGGCCUUCCGGUGGGUCAGGCACUGCACGCGGCGAACAUCACGUCUUACUUUAACCACUCGUGUGCGCCAAACUGUGCGAUGGAGGCCGGCGCGAUCGUCACCACGCGCACUAUCAGCCCAGGCGAGGAGCUCACUAUCUCCUACUUGCCGCAACUCUACUGGCCAGCGUGGCUGCGACGCGAAGAGCUGAUCGAGCGGUACUUCUUUGACUGCCGAUGUGUGCGCUGCGGUGAAGGGGACCACAACCCGUUCGAAGCGGCGUUGGUGGCGACGCUUCGCUCGGACAGCCGAGAGAAAGAGCGUGAGUACGUGUGCUCCGUGCAGCUUCUCUGCAGCCGUGUGCGUGCCAAGAGUGUGAGCGAGGUGGGCGUGGCGGAUCGCGACGCGCUACUCCGUCUUUUGCAGGACUGUUGCCAGCACCUUUUUCCGUUUCAUUACCUCUGCCAUGAACUGCGCAACACGCUAAGCUUCGUGUACGCGGUGCUCGAUGACCCACUUGCGUGCUUGUGCAGUUGUCUGACAGAGUUGGUGCUGUGGGAGGCUAUUGUGCCUGGCGCUCACCCAGUGAAGCGGCUAAAGGUGCAGAACGCGCUACGCUGUUGCGUGGAUAAUGUUGGUGGCGACGACGCACGGAUAAAUGAGACAGGCGGCAGCAGCGGCAGCAAGAGUGAUGGGAAUGACGAGCCAAUGCUUCUUCUGCGGCCGCUUUUAAUGAAAUUUGCCACGCUAUACGACGUUGUCUGCUGA